GGGAGGGAGGGAGGGAGAGAGAGAGAGACGGAGGCGACUUUAGGGUUUCACUCCUGUCGCCGGCGCCCCAGGCCGCAAGCCCGGAACAGAAUCUUCCGCUUCCGCCGUCGCCCCCGGCCGGAACAGAGGCUCGCCGCUCCCGCCGGCGAACCGGAGCUACAGGCGCAUCCGGUGGGCCGCUCUGCACCGGAGGCCGUACAUUUCCGGCGGAAUCGCGCGUCUCCUCCUUCACCGGAUCUCCCUCCGUCCAACCCGCAGCGCCCCGUCUCCGACGGCCUGUUCCGCAUCUCGGCCGCCCUCCUGGGCCUGCAGCUUCCUCCUCCCACCUCAGCAUUCCGUCUAUCUGGCCGGCAUCUCCUCGACAGAGUGUUCAGUGGUCUUGGUUAGCACAGUACCAUGGAUCCCGAUCCCGCCACUGACACCACUCUUGUUUUUGAAAAAGAUGUACUGGAAACAGUUUUUACUCAAGCUGCACCUUAUGUUGCAAGGCUUAAUAUGCGGCCCGUCCGUACAGACCUCCUUAUUGGAUCAACAGAAUUGCAUGCUUUGGUAUCUGUUGACUCUUCUACGCUGACCGAAUUGCCCAAAUCGGUUCAGUUUUAUAAUCAGAAGAAAGCUGCAAUUGUUCAGAAGAAGGUGGGGCAACUUCCUGGGUGCAGUAUUACUAUCCUGUUUACAGACCGCAUGCACAACCCGCUGCCUCCUGUUCAAUUUGCUGAUUUGGAUCCCAAUGACAAUGUGUGUGAGAAGGUGGUGUCUCUUUUCCCCUAUAUGGAUGGAAUUUCUAUGUUCAAUGGACAUGUUGUGUUAAAUAAUUGCACUUCCAUGGGUAGGGGGGGAACUAUUCAGCCAGGAUCCGCAGACUUGUUUGCAUUUACUUGCACAAACGCGGUCCUAUUUCACAUAGCAAGAAACGAUGAUGAAGCAAAACUGGUAGCAGAACAUCUUCGAAAGAUUGCUGGUGCUGCUGUGUUCAACUUAAAGGGCGAGGUUGUUGGCAUACUAAGUUCGUAUGCUAGAGGUUAUGAUGUGAAACUGGCCAAGAAGUCAUCUUACUUUAAAAAGCACUUUGAUAAACUGGGAGACAAACAAGUGAAGUGACUGAUGGUAAUGCCCAGCAAAACAAUGUAUUCAAUAUAAUACUGACUUUAUUUGAAUUUCAGGGGCAGGGGAAGUUCUCUAAGUCGGAGAUCCCGAGGAAGCCUAAUAUCUGAAGACACUCGAUGCUUUUUGGGUAAUUCUCGCAGUUGUAUUUACAUCCUAACUUUUUUUGGUGCCCACCGUGAUAUUCAUAAUACUCCUCCAUUCCUGGUUGGUGGUAGUUUUUGUGAGACAUGAUCAACUAGACGGUGAGGUACCCAUACCUAAGUAGCUAUGGAAAGAACAACAAGUCAGCUAUGUCGUGGCCAGCGGUGACUUCCUCAGUAGCAGGGCCCAUACCCAAGAAUAGGGUGAUGGAGCAUGGGUGGAGGCAUUCAAAUGUCGAGCUUUCUGGAUAACAGCGACAAUCUGAACAAUUCACCUAUAUCGAGAAUUUUUUGGUGUACAUAAAGGACCAUGGUGAUUUCUGUGGUUUUAAUUUUAGCAAGUGAGAUAACCUUGUCAAGCAAAUGAUACUAACAGGGACUACUUGAUUUUGAUGUCUCAAGACAAUAUGGUUAUGGUUAUGUGAUCUCAUAGCUGAACAUCUGCUUCUUUGUAUAAAAUUUCUGGUUGCAGAAGAUUGUUUA